AUGGCGUCAGACUGGGUUCGUAUGGUGGAAGAUUCAUACGAGCUCGUCGGAAUCUACCUGUCUCCGGUUUCCGAUGCCUACAAGAAGUCGAACCUAGCCGCUGCGCACCACCGCAUCCGCAUGUGUGAGCUGGCCGUGCAGGAUACGACUAACUGUGUCAUGGUCGACCCUUGGGAGGCCACACAGCCGCGCUACGUUCCCACUGCCCAGGUCCUCGAUCACUUCCGUUACGAAAUCAACGAGAAUCUAGGCGGUAUACAAGGAGCCAAUACUGAGGAGCGUAAACAGGCACGUGUCGCACUAUUGUGCGGUGCUGACUUGAUGCACUCAAUGAGCACUCCUGGGUUAUGGAGUCCCGAUGACCUGGACCGUAUACUUGGCGGCGAUGGCGGUCUUUACGUGGUGGAGCGACAUGGAACUGACUUGGAAGAAGCCCGAGAAGCUUUAAGCAAGUGGACGGAGCACAUCUCAGUGAUCCCACAGGGUGUGCCAAUAGACCUGUCGUCAACCAAGGUUCGGUUGUUCCUUCACAAAAAGAUGAGCGUCCGAUACUUCGUCCCGAACCCGGUCAUUGAUUAUAUUAUCAAUGGUGGUCUCUACGGCACCGGCAAGGAUGAACAAGCGAGACAAGUGCAGAGCACACAGAAUAUGGCCACGUUGACCGUUGAUUCGACGUAA